CUUACCAAAAACAUCAGCUUUCCAAAGGCAACUGCUGCAGAUGUCAUUCCCGCUGUGAUGUCCCUCAAACGGCUGCUUGCCAAGGUUGAUGAAACAGACAAAGGAGUGCAAACAGCCAAGCGCACUCUACUAGAAGACGUUUGCAAUCUCUUGGAAGAAAGUGGAUGCCCGGACUAUGCUGCAGUGUGUUGUGGAUGAAAUGGCUGGUGGGGGAACUGAUCAACAGGAAGAGGCUGCUGGUGCAGAUGACCCAAGCCAGGAGGAUGUGAACCCACCAUCAAAGAAGGCCCGAAAUGAGAGUCUGCAGGACAUGUACCAAGAAAUCCUCGCAGAGAAUGAUGUACAGCAAGCUGCAACAGGUGUAACUGCUUCACAGGUGCAGACAUAUUUGGCAGAGAUCACCAUCCUCAAGACAGCAUGCCCCUUGAUGUACUGGAAUUCCAACCGAACCCGCUUCCCUGCUCUGGCCCGUGUUGCACGCAAGUACCUAACUGCGCCCUGCACAAGUGUAGACAGCGAGCGGCUGUUUAGUGCUGUUUCUCAUGUCAUUGAUGAGAAGAGGAAUCGUAUACAUUGUGACAAUGCUGAGAUGCUAAUUUUCAUCCAGAAAAAUCUUCCUCUCCUACAUUAGUACAACAGUAUAAUGUAAAGGCAAAGAGC